UUGAACUCAAAAGUCAGUUUCCGUGUUGUGCAGUUUUGCUUUUGGUAUAUUUCUUGAAAUGAUAUCGUAAAUGUGUAUUAUUAACUUAAAUGUAACUAUAAAAUAUAUGUACAUGUGAUUAACUAGAAUGAAGUUACAAUAUUGAAAAUAUAAUUUAACCAUAUAAUAAUGUAUGAACCAACGUUACGUUAUGAGAAGAUAGACUUUCUUGGAGAAGGACAGUUUGCUACAGUAUAUAAAGCAAAAGAUGUGAAAAACGAUAAAAUAGUUGCUGUUAAGAAAAUCAAAAUUGGUUCGCGUUUAGAGGCUCAAGAUGGAAUCAAUCGCACUGCUCUCAGAGAAAUUAAAUUGCUACAAGAAUUGCAACAUAUCAACCUCAUUGGACUAUUAGAUGUAUUUGGACAGAAGUCAAAUGUAUCACUUGUGUUUGACUUCAUGGAUACUGACUUAGAAAUAAUAGUAAAGGACAGCAAUAUUGUACUUACUCCUGCUAAUGUUAAGGCAUAUACUAUUAUGACUCUCAAAGGACUGGAAUAUUUACAUCAAAAUUGGAUACUGCACAGAGAUUUGAAACCUAAUAAUUUACUUAUAAACCGUGAAGGUAUAUUGAAGAUUGGAGAUUUUGGUCUAGCAAAAGCAUUUGGCUCACCUACCAGAAUAAAUACACAUCAAGUUGUGACAAGAUGGUACAGAUCUCCAGAGUUGUUGUUCGGGGCACGGCAAUACGGAACCGGCGUGGAUAUGUGGGCGGUGGGCUGCAUAUUGGCAGAGUUGCUGUUGCGAGUGCCCUUCCUGCCCGGGGAGUCAGAUUUAGAUCAGCUCUCCCGCAUCUUCCAGGUGUUUGGAACUCCAACUGAGGAAACUUGGCCAGGCAUGAAGAACCUGACGGACUACGUGCAGUUCAAGCAGUUCCCGGCGCAGCAGCUGCGGCACAUCUUCAGCGCGGCGGCGGACGACCUGCUGCAGCUGCUGGACCGCCUGCUGGCGCUGCACCCGCCCGCGCGCUGCGACUGCACGCAGGCGCUGCAGAUGCCCUACUUCAGUAAUAAACCAGCACCAACUGUAGGCUCGAAGUUGCCCAUGCCCACGAAUAUAUUCAAAAUGGAAUCGGAAAAACCAUCUUUGAAAAGGAAACUUCUAGAUAAUAUAGAUGGCGGCAGUCUCGCUAAACGUCUACAAUUCUGACAUUAUGUAAACAAACUACGAUUGUUGGAAGCAAGUGCAAUAUUAUAACGCAUUUGUUGAUUUCAUCAUUGAUUUUAUUGGUUUGUUUAAGUUACAAAAUGAAGCUGGACUUUGAGCUUGACUUUAUUAUAGACUAUUGAUUAAUAAUUUUGUAAAACAGACAAAUAUAUUUUAAUGAUAGAUA